CGUCCUCCUCCGCGUCCGACGUGUCGACGGGACGGACGGACGAACAAGGCGACAGAAUGGACGUUCGUUCACCUGUUCGUACCAGACCCUGCCAAAGCCCUGCCCCAGAGCCUGCCCGAGACCCUCCUGCCGCAGGCCAAGGACGUAUAUAUACGCUCAGGGCUGCUCUGCAGGGCUGCUUGCCGCCGCCGCCGACGACGACGACGAGGAGCGGCGCUGCGCGAUGAACGGCUUGCGUAUUUAGACGAGACGACUGCGUUCGGCGGUGGGGUUGCGGGGGUUUGAUAUCCGUCCGGCUGUCCAUCCGUCCGUUCGUGUGGGGGCAGCAGCGAAAGGAGCAGCAUUGCUGGCCGGGCCCGGGGCCGGGCGGGACUCGAGGGCCUCGCCUCGCUCUCUGCUCGCCUCUUUGGGCACUCGCGGGUGAGGGGAGGGGGGGCUCGGCUCGUUGGCAAGUGUUUUGGUGCUGGUGGGGGCCGAUCGGAUCGGUUGGAGCGGCGUGGAUCGAUCGAGCGAUCGAUCGGGCCAGAGAGACAGAGCAAGAGCAUGCAGCGGGCGUGAAGCACCCUCGAGGGCAUUUGUGCGCGUCGGCACGCUUGCGCUGGGGCAAGAACGGACGGACGCACCCACCACCCCCACCCCCCGCAGGCAGUUUUCUGGUAAAGUCCUUGUUCGAACGAGAAUUUUGCUUUUUCGCGAGAAUUGCCGUUGCCUCGCCUCGCCACGCCUCGUUGGAUUGUAAUCUAAGGACGCGGUUUUGUUCUGCGUCGCCUUCUCGAUGUCGCAAUUCCUGGUAUCUUUUGUUCGUGUCCGGGAUUGGUGAUCGGCUGCACUUCCUUGUAUCGUCCGUCGGUCGGUCGGUCACUUGUCAUUUUCAAAUCUUGCCGAGGCUGUUGUUCGUUUGCGCACGGUUGUGGAAGUGCCGGGAAGUUCUCCUUCUCGUAGGCCACGGCAUCAUCAAUGGGAACGUCUGUCCACGUCGAGGAAACCAAUUCCGGGCUUCCUUCUUGGCGAAAGGGCUGCUGACUUUUCAUCGAGCCCCGAUUAAAUUGCUAGCAAUUGAACUCGCAUUCCCAGUGUAGCGUGUGACGCGUGUGUGGCGCCCAUGUUCGCCGUAUUGGGUAACUCAAUCUUGGGCGCUCGAUUACUCGGAGCAGGUUUCAGAUAGGAACCGACUGCUCACCUCAUGUGGCACCUUGUUUGCUGGGAUAGUAACCUCGGCUGAAAUCCAAUCUGAAGUCAGUAGGGUUUGUCGAGGAAGGGUUCUCGGAGAAGAACAAGAACGGAGACAAAGAAUUGGUAACCGAAGUGAACCGCAGUGAUGCAGGAUAGUACAGAUUCAAAAAAUGAGGAGAUUGACUGGAUGCGGAGGCCUAAGAUUCUCGUUGAAUCUGUAGAAAAUUGGAGAAAAUCCAACAGCCGUUCUGGCGGUAGCCUCACCGCUCGGCGGCGAUCUUCUACUUCAUGGAUCGCCAUGGAUGGAGGAGAAGAUGUUUUGAAUGUUUCGUCCGAGUCGCCGCCGGAUGAAGCUGCUGUCGCAGGGCCGAUGAAGGUAGAUGAAAAGUUGCCAGCCAUGGGCAAGUCUACCGAGUUUGAAAGGCCUUCGACCAGAGCGGGUGUUCGGAAUUUGUUUCUGAAGCAGCAGAGGGCCCGUCUUGCUGGAGGAGGAUCCGUCGGCACCGAGUUAAAAAUAGGGUGCUCACACACCCAUGAUGUCGGCGAUACAUCCACACAUCUUCAGCUCGGUUGUGGAUCGAGCAGUUCGUUGAACUCCACGAAGGUGGGCGUGGAAAAGGUCGGAGAAGACAAGUUCAAGGACAUUUCUGGGAAAGAAAUUUCCAUCGCCCUCGGUGGCAGAGCAGAUGCAAGCAUGGUGCCUUCCUCCCAAGGACGUGAUCAAGACCGGCCAAACUCUGGUGCUGAGGCCGAAGGUUCUCAGAAGAGGAGGACGAGACUUGGCAAGCAAGUAGAAGUAGAUUUAAGUGAUGAUGAAGGGUCGCGCUUGGAAACAUUGUUAUGUUUAGGAACCCAUCCUCGAUUCGUCCCCGGGGACUCAGGGACCUCCCGCUUGGGAUCGUCCAGUUGCCUUCCAGGUACCAAUGGAAGCGCCGAAGCUUGUAGUCGGUCUGGCUUUGAAGCUGCGGCUUCCAAAGGAAAAAGAAAGCGAGACGUCGACAGAUCGGAAUCUGCCGCAGCGGUGGGCAUUGCCCUGGAGAAUGUGGAGAGUGAAUCCGAUGAUGAAAUCCUUGGAGGAAGUCUCUUCUCGGACAGGCCAUCGCGGAGGGUUCUUGCGGGUGGAUCAUCUUUGCGUGAACGUAGAAGAAUUGCAGAGCGUGAACCUAUCACGCCCAUCUCGUUCCUAGAUUCGUCCCCAAGGGGGCGGUCUUCGAGGAGAAAUUCAGGAUUCUCCCUUCCACACAGCAUCCUAAGCAUGCGCCCUUCCACACAGCCUUAUGUUCUUGAUCUAGAGCAGGCUGCGGGGCCUGACGGUGAUGGUGUAGAAGAAAAUGAUCCUAUUCCAAACUGGUUAUCAGGGAGACAAGAAUCUUCACCUUCAACAGCGAACGCCGUGGACGAGUCGCCUGCAAGACGUCCGGCGCAGGUUAUUGAUUUGAUAUCACCAGAACCUGAACAUUCUCUCUCGAACCAGGUUAUUGAUUUAAGCUCGCCUGAAAGACCAUCUUUUCCGAACAUGGGAUCGAGGGACGAAUUUGCUCCAGGGAGUAGACGUGCUGCCCGUCGUGAUCGUAUGCGGUGGACAAGAGGCCUUGCUGAUCGGUCUCGACCAUCGACAGGAAGACACCAAAGAUCCUCAAAUGGAGCUGGUUCCAGCCAAGUGAUCCCCACUGGAAUCAACUUGUCAGCUAAUGAACACCCGGAAACCGAGUCUUCUCGGCGGAGAACUGAACCUUCUCAGCCAUAUUUUUUGAGAAGUGGUCCACGGGUCCAUUGGGAUCUUGACGACCUUAGAAUCUUGGACGAUGCGUCUGUAAAUAAUCAACCCAUAGCUGGGAAUCAUCGUCGAAGGGGGGGACGAUUCUUUCCAGGUGCUGACACGACUUCAAGUGGUGGGCAUCCCACCAUCGGUGGUAGCAUUUUUGGGCCUGAAUGGCUGCCUGGGCAAAUGAGCCAGGAAACGUUCUGCUACUCCGAUAGUUAUUUGGCCUUUGGUGACUCUGACGAUGAUGAUAACACUGUGAGAUCAAGGCAGCUAGCAGAGGAUGAGAGGAUUGCUAGAGAACUACAGGCCGCAUAUGUUUCGGAAGCAGCUGGCGGUGAAGUUCCUGAUGACGAGUCUCUAGCCAGAAGAUUGCAAGCGGAGGAAGACAAUAUUGCAAGAGACUUCAGACACACCCGCGGUGGUGAUCUUUUUGGUUUCUCUGCUGUGCAGAGAUACCUGGGAGAUAUGCGCGAAUCUCCUCCCAGGGUUUUUAGGCUUUCCAGACCUCGCUCGGAGACCUCAUCGUUAUCAUCAUCAAGUUCCAGAUUCAACUUCCCACCCGUUGUAAGAAAUGGACGGCUCUUUCAGUUCCAUCGAGGACAGGCAGACAUGGAUGCAGAGUUACCAGGGGGAAGGGUUCAGUUCCCAUCCCACAUGACAGUGGAAUCGAGGUUGGAAGUUCUGGCAGCUUUGGAAAAUGCUAUUCAAGAACAGGUGUCUGUUGGCCUGCAGUUGGCACAAGUUGACCGUGAUUUCAACGAGAACGAUUAUGAAAUGCUACUUGCUCUCGACACGGAUAUAGACAGAAAUAGAGGAGCAACGAUUGAGAAAAUUAAUCUUUUACCCCUGACUACACUUCAGCCCACCGAUGUAUGUGAGGACACGUGCUCAAUAUGUCUCGAGAUGCAAGUUUCUGGAGAAGUUAUACGUCGUCUUCCUUGCAUACAUGUAUUCCACUCGAAGUGUAUAGACAAGUGGUUGCAGCGGCAGGCGGUUUGUCCUGUCUGCAAAGCGCACAUAUAAUAUGUGCGAAAAGUACUGUGAUGACAUUGUAGAUGAUUGGCUUCGGAGUUCGAGUUUUGUUCUUUUUGAGCUCUACUUUUUGUAGAUCGCAGUGCAAGAUGACCAGGACGUUUGGGAGAAGCUUGGCAACGUAGCUUGUGACAAUCAUUCAUUGUUCUAAGUCAAAUGAUUAGUCAUGUUUCAUAUAAUGGUUGUAUAUGUCCUGGACCAUGUCCAGCUUACAACUUACAGGUGGUUCGGCUCGCUGUUUGUUGUCCUUCUGAACAUCAUUUGUUUAUAACUCUUCCGUUCCAAUUUUGUUGGAUAUUUGUGUCAAAUAUUCAUGUAUGGAGGUUUCAACACAGUUUUUUCACACAGUUGUUCUGUGUUUGCCACU